AUGGCGUCGCUCGUGCCAUUCAUAUGUCUACUAUUAUUCCUAAGUAAUACUUUCCAAUCGGCCCAUGCCGUGGAGCCAUUGGUUAACUUAGGUUAUGUCGAAUACAAGGGAGUGGAAAACCCUGGAGGGGUCACUCAAUGGCUUGGAAUGCGAUAUGCUGCACCUCCGCUGGGGAAUCUUCGAUUCUCAGCACCUGAGGAUCCAGUGAAAGAAAAAAAGAAACAACGUGCAGAUAAAUUUGGCCAUAGCUGCCUGGCAACUAGAUCCGUGCCACGGAAACAUACUUCAGAAGACUGCCUUUUUAUCAAUGUUUAUGGUCCAUCGAACGCUAAAUCGGACUCUAAACUCCCUGUUUAUUUUUAUAUUCAGGGUGGUGGCUUCAAUGCUAACGCCGGUGCGCGUCUCAACGGUACCGGCCUCGUAGAGGCCUCGGGCAUGAAUAUUAUCGUUGUGACUUUCAACUAUCGUGUUGGGCUUUAUGGAUUCCUUGCAAGCAAGGAGAUCAGGGAAAAGGCCAGUCUUAACAAUGGCCUGAAAGACCAAAUGAAGGCUCUUGAAUGGGUUAACAAACAUAUUAAACAGUUUGGUGGAGAUCCUGGCCAUGUCACAAUCGGCGGGGAUAGUGCUGGUGCGGCUUCUGUAUACUAUUUGCUCAGUGCUUUCGGAGGUAGAGGGGUCAACACUUUCCACGCGGCAGCGGCAGGUUCCCCUUCAUUUGGGACACAGCUUAAUAUCCGAGAAAGCCAGUAUAUGUAUGACAAUCUCGUCAAGAAUACGAAAUGCACAGGCAAAGAUUCCCUUGCUUGUCUCCGCAAGGUUGAUGUGAAGAGAAUGCAAAAACUUGACCAGCGUUAUCCGCUCCCUGGCGGCAUUAGCCCACCACUGUUCAUGUACAGUCCAACCGUCGACGGCUAUUUGAUUCAGGACUAUACCUACAAGCUUUUCGCGAGAGGCCAAUUCAAAAAAGUCCCCAUGAUAUUCGGCGCAGACAAUAACGAAGGUACCGUUUUCGUCCCCAGAAACACAAGCAGCUUCAAAGAAUCCGACACUUUCCUGAAAAACCAAUUCCCAGCCAUGAAGAAAAAGCACUUCCGUAAGAUCCAUGAACUUUACCCAAAGACCAACGACGUGUUUCCCGAAGCCAAAAGAAAAUAUGGCCCAUACUGGCGCCAGGGAAGCAACGCCUACGGCGAAAUGCGAUACAACUGCCCCGCUAUCAUCCUCACCGUUGCAGGUAGCAUGCACGGCGAUCCGAGUAAAGUAUGGAAUUUUCACUAUGACGUUGAGGACCCUCCGGCUAUGAAAAACGGCAUUGGAGUCCCUCACACGGCUCACAUGGCGGCCAUAUGGGGCCCAAAGUACGCCUACGGACCCGGCUCAUAUAGGGGCAAAGGAGUUAAUGCGCCUAUUGUGCCCGUUGUGCAAGGGUACUGGACAAGUUUUAUACGCAGCUAUGAUCCAAAUAUACAUCGAGUCAAGGGCAGCCCUGUGUGGGGAACUGUUACGACGGCGAAGACUGGGAAAGCGCUGCACCAACUGUACGUCAAAACACGCAAGACGAAGACAAGGCUUAUCGAUAAGAAGCAAAUAGAGAGAUGCGAGUAUCUGCUUCGUGUUGGGGCGGAGGAGCUUAAAAUGUGA